CGAGGACAUGGGCAGCCGCGGCGCGCCCGCCCCCCGCGCCGAUGUGAAUUAUUAAAAAGAAAAUGGCCCAACGGAGCACUGUAUUUCCUUCUCUUGUCACCGAGGAAAGGCGCGUUAGAACCAUGCCUCGACACAGCCAGUCCCUGACCAUGGCUCCCUACUCAUCUGUAAGUCUAGUGGAGCAGCUGGAAGACAGGAUCCUCUGCCACGAGAAGACCACUGCCGCCCUCGUGGAGCAUGCCUUCCGGAUUAAAGACGACAUCGUCAACAGUUUGCAGAAAAUGCAAAACAAAGGGGGAGGCGACCGCUUGGCCAGGCUUUUCCUGGAAGAGCACAUCAGAAACAUAACUGCCAUAGUGAAGCAACUGAAUCGGGAUAUCGAGGUGCUCCAGGAGCAGAUCCGUGCCCGGGACAACAUUAGCUACGGAACGAAUUCUGCCUUAAAGACUCUGGAGAUGCGUCAGCUCUCUGGUUUGGGAGAUCUUCGAGGACGAGUGGCAAGAUGUGACGCCAGCAUAGCCAGACUCUCCGCGGAGCACAAAACGACCUACGAGGGGCUCCAGCACUUGAACAAAGAGCAGCAAGCUGCCAAGCUCGUCUUGGAAACGAAAAUAAGAGAUGCAGAGGGACAGAUUUCUCAGCUUUUGAACAGAGUCGACUUGUCAAUAUCAGAGCAAAGCACCAAACUGAAGAUGUCCCACAGAGAUAGUAACCACCAGCUUCAGCUUUUGGAUACUAAAUUUAAAGGUACAAUUGAGGAACUCAGUAACCAGAUUUUAUCUGCACGGAGUUGGUUGCAACAGGAACAAGAACGGAUAGAGAAAGAACUUUUACAGAAAAUCGAUCAGCUUUCCUUGGUUGUUAAGGAAAACAGUGGAGCCAGCGAAAGGGACGUGGAGAAGAAGCUCAGCCAGAUGUCAGCCAGACUCGACAAGAUAGAGGAGAGUCAGAAGAAGACGAUGGAAGUGCAGAGAAGCAAACAAGAAGAGGAGAGGGUGCACGGGCGGAUCAGCAAGCUGGAGUUACAGAUGAACGAGGACUUGAGGGAGAUGAAAGCAGAGGUGGAUGCUGGGUUUACAGCCAUCUAUGAAAGCAUAGGAUCCCUCAGGCAAGUGCUCGAAGCCAAGAUGAAGCUAGACAAGGACCAGCUACAGAAGCAAAUCCAACAGAUGCAGAAGCCAGACGCUCCCAUGUGAGGGGAGUUGAGACAAGGACCUCAGAGGUGGUUUUACCAGUGGGGCUAAGAGCUAGAUACUUCUGUAGCCAGGCUGUGGCUGCGUUCGGGAUUGUUCUAUUCAUGGCGUGCAUGUGCCAAGAGGUGUGUUUUCAUGGGUCUAAAUGUUUACCUUGAGUCUUGAAAACACUCUUUCUUUAAAAGUAUUAAAUACAGUUUUUACCGCUUUAUUCCACUUCUCUAAAUUCAAUGGAAUAUUCUCCCCCUGGAUUUUGAAAGGCUUUUAUCCCCUUCAUUUUAUGAGUGAAAAGACUUAAUUUUCCUUCAAUGCUUGAUGCUCUAGCCAAGACUUUACUAUUUUGAAAAAUGUCAUGGUGAUUUUUUAAAUUAAGAAACUAACGAAUUGUCACAGGAAUGUAUUGCUCCUCACCCUAAAUCAAGAGAAUGUCCUGAUAGAUUAGAAUUCAACCUUUGAGUCCAUAUUUGGAUUUCAUUAUUGUUAUCUGUGCAUUUCUUAUAUUGGUUAUCUUCUUGUAAAUCUUCUGUCUUUUGUAGGGGGAGGGGAUUUAACAUUUGGAAAAAAACCCACCAUUUAUGUAAUGAAAUAGUUUAAAAAUUGAUAACUGCCAUAUAGAUUGCAAAUUAAAAUGGAAAAUUAAGACAAUUAUCUAGAUAAUGCAAGGCACAAUAUCUACAUCAACCACCUAGUUAUACCAGGUUUUAAUAUUGAAAACUUUUUUCACUUAUCCACAGCCUGUAUAGUGAUAGCCAUAUAUUUAAUAACAGAAUGGUGGUUAAUAGUCUGUUUAUUGCACAAUUAAUUGUUCAUUAAUCAUAAUAGGAUGUGAGAACUUUUCAGGCUAUAUAAUCUCCUCUCUAAAUGUUUUCAAAAUUGGCACAGAGUGCUAAGGUUUAUAUGAACUUAAUUUAACUGUAGACUUGUGCCUUGGUUUUCAAUGCACUGUACCCUAGAAAAGUUUUGCAGACAAAGUAGAAGGCAUGAUAAUACAUCAAUAUGAUGAUGUAAAAAUGGGAUCCUAUGUAUUUUUUAAAUGUUGUAAAAAUUUUAUCACCGUUAAUCAUUAAUCAUUCAGUAUUAUUAACGGAAUAGAAAUUCAUACUUUUGUAUGGACAGAGAAUCAAAUUGAUAUUGCAUUUAUAACACUGUCAAGAAACUUUCAUUUUGAGCAACUUUGUGAAAAUAGGUGUUUUAUUUUCAGUCUCCAUAUUGGAUCAGUCAUUGAAAAUUGGCACCAGUGCUGUUUAUUCACCUGUGUAUGUGAAAACUGACAGGAGACACACACCGUUCUAAAGUGUGAGGGUGCCCAGGAAAAAGAAAACAGGAAUACUUUAAACAUUUAAAAAAAAUUUUUUUUGGUUUGCCAAGGACUCAGGAAGAUUAAAGCAUUUUCUAUUUUUAAGAUAAAUUAUAAAUGGAAUAUCUAACUGGCUGUUACUGUUUACCCACAUAAAAUAUGCUGCGAAAGUAUAUAAUAUUUUACCCUCAAUGGCUUGACAAAAGUUUUUUUAAAAAUUUGGACCUGAUAAGUCACAUAAGGAAUAUGUCAUCCAACACAUAUUUCCUUGUUUUGUCACGAACCUUUGCAUCUCUGUAUAGGAAGACUAUUUCCAUUUAACAAUGAAAAAAAAAAAAGGAAUGCUCUUUUGCAAUCAGAAAGUGAAUUUCUUUUUGUGAUAGAGUAACCGUGUCUAGUACAGUUCUCCACGUUUAAGCACAAGCCACGGCCCCUCCAGCGUCUCUCUCCUCUGGGGUCUCUGAGGAGGAAGAAUCAGAACAUGUGACACCUGGGAAGAGGGGGACAGAGGACACCAGCUGGACUCAGGUCGAGGGUGUGACUGAGCAGGUGAUGCUUGUCUGUCCGCUGAAUCGCUCAGGUGUUUCUGAUGCUGCCAACCCCAUGGCAUGAGCUCCGGCGGGGUUCUCCACCCUGGCUACAUGUUGCCAUCGCCUGGGGAGUUCACAAAGCUGCUGAUGCCGGGGCUGCCCCCCAGACCGAUUAAGUCAGAACUCUGGGAGGUGGGGCGCGGGCAUCGGUACGUGUCAAGGGCUCCCGGUGAUUCAUGUGCCGUGAGGUUGUGAGCCACUGAGCUACAGCGUACUCUUAUCACCAAAGUUUAAAUGAGAAUCUGCUUCCGUGUUCUUUCCUUUACCAGAAAUUUGCAAUAA